AUGACCAUCCAGCUCUUGCCAGGGCAGUAUGACGAUCCCGCACUCAUGCUGUCCAAAGUGAGGGAAGCGAUGGCGCAUAUCCAGGGGAUGGUAGAGAGUGUCGCGCUUGCCCGCGCUGCCUCUCCGCUUCCUUCCCCUCCACAGGUUUCUCCUCUUCCAGGCCUGCUUCCUUUGACGACUACGCACCAGCCGCCAUUACGCACGUCUACACCUCAGAAUGUCACCCCGGAGCAGCUGACACAGUCAGUAUCCGAUACUACAAUUUCAAGCAUAGCGACGAUCACUCCAGCACCUCGCAAGCCUGCACCAUUAACCCUCACGCUUACUCCAAGCUCCCCGUCACCCCCCAGACCGAGUCCAGCGGCGCCGAAGCGGAGCAACGCCGACCCCUCUCUCCCCCGGCCUAGAAAGGCGAGCACAGGCCCGAAGGCUGGAGCGAGGGAUGGCCAAGUGUUGUUCCAGCGCGCUAUCUCCCCGAUUGCGCAGAGGCAGCGUGUGGACAGCCAGAGUGGUGGGACGCCUUUGUCACCUUCUGCAGUGGGUGCGCGAUCGCCGAGCGCUGCUUCAGCUGGAUUUGGCGCUCGUUCCCCCAGCUCAGCCUCCGUUGGGUUUUCCGCUCGCUCCCCUAGCGCAGCCUCUCUUUCAGGAAUUCGUUCCUCUAGCGCCGCAUCCAAGAGAGACGUACUCACCGAAGCGGAAAAACGCAUGCCGUGGCGCGAGCGGCUCGCACUGAGGCGGGAGAGGCAGGCGGAGCUCGGCGUGCGGGCAGGGUUUGUCGCUCCUGCUCCUGCUGGGACGUCUGGUAGACCGGCAGGUCCUAGAUCGGCUUCUGUUUCUGGUUAUGCGGAGCUGCGCAGAGCGGACAGGCCGGGCACUGAAACCGGCACAAGGCCGGGUACGGCGGGAGCUGUGGGAACGGCAGGUACAGCCGCAGGUGGGAGGCCAGGUCAUUCGCGCCAGGUUUCGGGAGCGUCGGAGUAUUUUUCCGUUAGGGGAAGGUCGCCGGAUUUGAGGGAGGAGGAUCUUCGCCCCGAUGAGCGGGAGCAUGAACCGUAUGGCGACGAACACGAGCAUGAUCCCCGCGACGAGCAUGAUGCUGAGCACGAGCUUGAUGCUGAAUACGAGCAGGACGAGGUCGAGGCAUACGCUGAUGCCGAAGACAGCAGGGAGGUGGAUCGUGAGCGGACGAUGAGGACUGCAGACUGGCUCGGUGCUGGGCCUGGCAGGCGGGCACUACGCGCUGCUGGGUUGCUGGAGGAGAACGACAAGGAGAGGAGGGAGGAGAAGGAAUCAUGUCCGCCUACGGCAGGUAGUAGAACGGCGAAACGCGGGAGGUAUACACCUUCGUCCUUAUCCUUCGGUUCCCAGGAUACGGCUACUCGGAGGCGUUCCGUACGUUCUGCCUCUGCUGCCUCAGCCGCUUCGGCAGCUUCGGGGACGACACCUAGCCUGGUGGUGGAUUCCCAUUCUCUUACCCCUACGACAGCGAGUGCGAGCGCUGCGACCCCCUCACCGUCCCCCUCCGCUUACGGGAUCAUGGAAGCGCCCGGGCUUGCGCAGGUGCUGGAGCUGCACAACCUGGAGAAAGGGGCUCUGCUGGGAGCGUUGAGGGAGAGUAAGGCGCGCGAGAGGGAGCGGGAGGAGGAAGUUCGGAGACUAGAAGCAGAACUUGGGGCUCUGAGGAGACGGAUCGACGAGCUCGAGUUGGUUGUUGCUAAGCAGGUUCAGCAGCAGCAGCGAAAGAAAACGAGGCUUCCGAUGCCGAAACAACGCGUAGCAAGUGCGGCAGCUUCAUUUGGUGAUCGUCCCCCCCGGCCUGCUGUAAAACGCAGCGGCUCUGUCACCACGCUGAAUGCGCCCCUCGUCCCCAUCUCCCCACCCAGUUCAGGGAGGUCACAUUCCACCGGGUCUGACUCGCCCACGCGCGUAUUCCGUCCCUUUCCCCUGGAGGACGAGGAAUUGGUCACCGCUACCCCUCGCAAGUCGUACGUGCCUUCCACGCCUCGCAAGUGGCAGGAACCUGCUACACCCCGGAUGCGGAACGCGAACGUGAACCCGCGAGACGAUGAGGAGGGGAGUGGGGGUGAGAGUGGAAGCGAGAGUGAGAGCGGGAGCUUGAGGCUCAAGACGGAGGAUGAGCGGCAUCUACAGGAGUUUGUGGAUGUUACGCUUGGACUGGGGAGUGAUGAUGAGAGUUUCUAUUGAUCGCUUGGAAGACAGACCUACGAUUGGGUCUAUUGUCUCGUUCUCCCCGGUGAGAGAAUGCAUUGUUCGGGGAUAUGCGUGUAUCUGGAUACCCGCUUUCUUGACGUUGGUGACGCGUAACGCUAACGCUGAGGACAUGGGUUAUGUUUAUGAGAUAUGGAUAUCGUAUGCUUGACAAGUUGUUGCCACGAGCAUGUAGGACAUGUUAUGCCACUGUCGUUACUCCUUCAAUAUCAGUUUUU